AUGGAAUUCCAAGCCCCGGCCCUCGAACGAUUCGACACAGCACCUGAGAUCAAUGGAAGCGCCGAAGUUCCCCAAAUCAAGGUCGAGCCGGCUCAGACGAUCCAAGGCUCCAAACCUCCGCCAGGACAGCUGCUGACAGGCAAACAAGAACAUUAUCUUAAGAGAGAACUUAUUUCAAGACAAGUACAUGCCGAAAUCCAGGAACUCAAUAGUCCUACUGCUCUACAACGCUUCGGUGCUCCCUUCCGCUCAGAAUAUGGCGAGGUCUCUCCCAUGGAAUCAGAGUUGCCUAUACUCCGUUACAUAUUCGUGAACCAUGUGCGAAAGUUUCCUUUUCUCAAUCAGGCUCGAGAGAAAGAGUUCUGGCAAGACAAGCUACAAGUAUUCCUCGAGUCCUUUGCGAGUAAAUACAUCUCCUCCUCCGAGGACAGAUUAGAAGAAACAAAGCGGAGGAAGUUGGCAAAGAAGUCGGAAAAGUUGGUUGAGCUGAUGAUGGUCUCAGGCAUUCCCACAGCUUCAGGCUAUGAAGAAAGAAUACGGUUUGCGGAGAUGGAGGUGGUGGACCGAGGCGCAAACGAGCAAGGCCUGGUCGUGAAUCAGCCUGAAGGUCAUUACAUCAACGGCUGGGACGUCAAUGUCGCUGCAGUCAGAAUCACGUCUGUGAAGAGGACAGUUCGCUACCACCAGCAUGCCGAAUUCCUGAUCCGCGUCAAGAAGGCCGAUGAACCGGAGAGAUACGUUGGUAGGAGGUACGGAGAAUUUGUCAAACUACACAAGAACUUGCGCAGGGAAAUGCCAGGGAAGGUACUGCCCCCAUUGCCCAGGAAGAACAAAAGCUCGACGAUGUCCUCGUUGAUGCCAGGGGCAGACGACGACGCCUCGUCUGUCUCGUCUGUUUCUACACAGGCUUCGCUCGUCGAGGACUCAAGCCGCAUGUACACACCUUCUCACCGACGCCUCAAGUCCUCAUUGAGCCUGACCGCGGGUUCAGGCACGCCGAAAGGUCGGACAUCCCCACGGCCUAGUUUGUCCAGGGAUCCAAGCCCGCAGCCCAUUCGGUUGCGUCGUGAGGACCAGCGUGUGUCACUCCGGGCCUUCUUAAGAACAUUAUUGCAGAAUCCUCAAUAUGCCGAGUCCAAGUCUGUUGCCGACUUCUUUAGCUCUCAGCCCGUUACUCUCAAUGAAGAGGAGCUUGAAGAUGUUGCACGGCGCAAAGAAAUGGAUGCUCGACGAUUGGAAGAACAGAAACAGUUCUACGAGAUUGCCAGGAAACGAGCUGCCGAGCUUGAUAGCUACAUGGAAAAAUUUCGAAGGGACAUCGUCGAGAGUAACGGUCUUACAAAGCUAUUCGCCGAGAUUCGGAACAAAGACAAACUUGACGAUCUUGCUCCUGAAUAUAAAAAGUUCGCAGAAUGGUUGAGGAUCGAGGUGGCUGCUACCAUCUACCACCUGUUCUUGGCCGAAGAUAACUCGCCUGAACUGUUUGCUCAAGCCCGGCGGAUCCAUUCAUUGGUGCCGUACACGAUGCUAAAGAAUGUGAUUCGCAUCGCCAAUCCUGCCGCGGUUAUGUCUGGAGUCCUAGACCUGUUUCUCGCACAACCUUUUGGGACAAAGUCACUCCUGCAACGGAUCUUCGCGCAGGCACUCGCAGAUGGUAUCCGACAGUUCCAAAAAUCGAUUGAUGAUCUGGUGGGAAAGAUUGCGGAUCCUGUAUUGACCAACAAGUUGAAGGCGUUCGUGGAUAGUCCAGAAGAGACCAAGAAUGUUGUUCGGGAUGAGGCUCAAAACGAAAAUGUCGACCUUGUGGUGUCGAUCCUGCGAUCAGACGAAUUUACGCCGGAAUUAACGCCUCCGCAGAUACAGCGAGUCUUCAAUGCCUGGGUCGCUUGGAACAGCGCGGUUGAAAAUGACGACGAGGAGCUCAAGCAAGGAGCUGAAAUGUUCUCUCAGCUUAAACAGCUUCUGAAGCUGAUGACCCGCCAGCGAGACAAAGCUAUGAUGGCGGCCAUGAUCGAAGAACCCACUACACUGCAAUUGUUCCGAGAUCUCUUCACCAUUUUCUACGAACCGUUGAUCAGGGUUUACAAGUCUGCUAAUGUUUACAGCAGCAUCACGGACUUUGCCCAGUUCGCCGAUGAUGUGAUCAAGACCGUAGAAGUGGCUCAGCGACAAGAUGUCUCGGCUGAUCCCAACCAGACGGUUCAAAUGUUUAUCGACCUGUGUGCUCGUCAUGAGCACAACUUGUACAAGUUCAUACAUGAAGUCCACAUUCACGACAAUGGGCUCUUUACAGCAUUAAUGGGUUGGAUAGAAGGAAUCCUGGAGUUCCUGAGGAAAGGGCCUCAAGGGGGCAAACUAGACAUGAACGCUAUAUUCCAGGGAGCCCUGGAUAUGGGCGUGAUUGAUAAGGAGGUCUCCAUUGCGGAGAUCAAUUCAUUGAUCAAAUGGCAGGAAGACCGCAAAAAGUGGCAUAACGACAAGACAAGGCAAAAGAUGGCGGCUGAGGGAUCAGGGUCUGCCGACGGCGCGCCAGGAGCGUCGGCGUUCAAAAGUAGUGACUUUGGUCUGCACGAGGCCGAUCUCAUGGAUUUGAGGAUUUCAGAUGAAGAAGACGAUGAAGAUACGGAGGACGAAGAGCUCGAGGACGAUUUGGAUCCCAUUCAAGCCGAGCGACGCAGGCGGAAAAAAGCACAAGACCGACUGAGGCGCACUGCAGGUGAGCCGGUCAAGCCGGAGGUGACAGAGGUGUUGAAAAUGAGAGAGCCUUUCCUGGCAAUGCUUAGGAUGGUUUUGAGCGAUUGA